UACGGCGAACUUUGCCAGGAACUAGAGGCAGCUACUUUGUGUUUGUUGAAUGCGUCAUCAUCACUCAUAAAUGAAAAUAAAGACUACGUAGAUGUCGAGGAUAAUGCGCCAUCAUUAUCUCAGUCUACGCCACAGACUACAGCAGCAGAAAAACGUGACCAUAGUGAAUCAAAACAACAAGUCACUAAACACGUUCAAUCAACAGCGGAAAUAUUGAGUCGACUUGAGCAGAUAGAGACAGCCAUAUCUUCUCUACAAGACGCCAAUGACAAGUCUACAGAUGACAUAUCAGAAAUAAAACAAUGGAGAGACAACUUUGUAACAGAACAGAGUGACAUGGGGGUAAACAUUGAACAACUGACUAAAAAUCAAAAGCAGAAUGUUAAAAAUCUCAGAAAACAAAUCAGUGAAAAAGAAAACAAAGUAAAGAAGCUGAACAAAGAAAUUGAAUGCUUAAAAGAAAAAGAAACCAAGUCAAACAACACACUAGAGAAACUGUGUCUAGAUAUGAAAAAAUAUGAAAACAACUUACACAAAAUAAAUAAAGAUAUGCAAUAUCACACAGAUAAGACUGAUAGUAUAACAGAAGAAAUUAAAAGACUUUCUAAUCAGAUUGCUGCCUUACAAGAAGAGAGUUCUAAAAACAUGCUGAAUACAUCAGCUCAAUUAGAAAAGCACAGUGUGAUAUACAAACUCCUACAACAAAGAUUGAUGCCCAUUGACAAACUGAUUCAAAUCUUUAACCAGAACUUGGAAACUAGGGAAGAAAGAAAAACGAGGGUGGAAAAUAUUGAAGAUGCCAUUUCAAAAUUGUCCAAAGAUUUGAAUCUAAUCGAGUCACGUGUAUGUAACAGAUAUGCUUGUCAGGUACAGCUUGCUGGUCGCACACCUAUUUUUGUGGACUACUUCUAG